AUGGCACCCAACAAUGCUAGCACUAAUCGAAAGUUCUUUGAUCAUCUCCAGCCCGUAGUCUUCCGAGACAACCCAAUAUUAGGCAAUACCUCAACAUCCACCGAAAUCAUCACCAUGUCCAUCAAUCAAUGUGGAACAAAACUUGUGGUGACAAGGACCGAUAGAUCAAUACGUAUUUGGAAAUGUGCUCGUGAUAGAUUGUUGGAACCAAUAAUUAUUGAAGACGCGCAUGUUAAGUCGGUUGAAUGUGUAUCGUGGGAUCCAAGAACAGAAUAUUCGUUUGCAACGGUUGGUCGUGACGAUUGUAUAAAGAUUUGGAGAGGACAUAGUGGGACAUUAGAAAGAACGAUUAAAACGGAAAAGAAUUCUUUGAUAUUAGUUCGUUAUAGUGCUGAUGGAGAAAUAAUGGUAGCUGUGGAUCGUGAUUCUACGAUUUUAGUAUUUGAUACCAAUGGAUAUAAAUUAAUCACUGAGUUGAAGUUACAUGAACAUAUUUAUGAUCUUCAAUGGUUUCAUUAUGCUCAUAAAUUUUUCGUAUGUGCUUUACAUGAUGGAGCAGUACCUAUAUAUGAGUUAAAUAAUGGCGAAUUGAAGUUACGAACUACUUUGAAAGGGCAUAGGUCUUCAGCUACGAGUAUAUCGAUCCUGCCACGAGGUAAUUUCUUUGUAGUAGGGUCGAGUGAAGGUGUGGUUAGUUGUUGGGAUUGUUCAACAAUGUACAAUUCGAAAGUCAUUACUGAGAUAGAUGAAUCGGUAUCACAUGUAGAUUGCAGUAGAGAUGGAACUUAUUUUAUUGCAAACUUCGAUACUGGAUCUAAUGCAAUUGUAUUUGAUACUGAAUCAGGAGAGAAAGUGUUUGAAAUCCCAAAUAGUAUGUCGGGUCAAGUUACUUUCUCAAAAGCAGUAUGGUUUCCAACCAAGACAAGUUUUCUACAUACUAGUGAAAACGGGACUUCAAUAACUCUCAUGAAGAAAGCAGUAGAUUCUCGUGGCUAUGGGGGGACUGGUGGGGGGGUCGAUGGGCCUAGAGGUAGACGCGAUAGACGGUAUGAUGAUUAA